UCACUGGAAGACACCAUGCUGGAUCAGGAUACUGCAUUAAAGGCUGUGCGAGUGGUGACUGUGCUUGGCGUCUUUCUAGCGACCGUGCAAGCACUGCCCCUGCGGCGGAUUGACUACGUGGCCCCACUAAACCCAUGCCGGCCCCAAGACCAGUACUGCUCCAUACGGUGUGCAGUCAUGACCCUGAACGGCAACUUCAACUGCAGCUUCUGUGUGUGCGAAAAUAGGAGUGACUACGGUAUGGACGGGUUUGUAAAGUGGCAGUCGAGCCCAGAUCCGAGUGCUCCGACCCCGGCGACGACCACAUUGCCCCCUAACCACAUCAUGGCGAACAACAUCAUAUACCACAAGAUCAGUGAUCCGUGUGACCUGGUUCUGGACGGCACGUGCCCUGUCCACUGUGAUGAACUUCCGGGGAAUAAGAACGGCACGAGCUGCACGUGGUGUGACUGCAAAGGCAGCGCUGUCCUCAUUGGGUAACGCGGACACGUAGAACAUGGUUUGCAAAGAUGGUAAUGGCGAUGACUGCACAUACUGUAUUGAUAAUCCCAUCACGAACAUUAUAAGAGAUACAGACGAUUUAGAAGCGGUUACCUCCUGCCUCCUCGUGAGCCUGAUACGUAAUACUCAUGACGGAUGGAGGGACUGGUUAGCCUUGGGCCACAGCGGCGUCUCACUAAUGCGAAUAGCCAAGUUAAAAUUGGAGCAGAUCAAUACAGACUGUUUUACUGUGUUUAUUCGUAUAUUUAAAUCAGUGUGACAUAUAACAGACGUGACCCAUGCAUUACACGAUCUGGGACCGCCCCUUGCAUGUAAUGUGCUCUGUUGUAAAAGAAGAAACAUUGUGCCUGGUGUCAAAAACAUUUGAAGAACAACUAAACGGUAUGAUAGACGUAAUAGUAUAACUGUUAAAUUGCAAUAAUUGAGGACUAGUCUUACUUGUGGGCAACGCCACCGUUCUUAUUCCCUCCGAUCUGGCACUUUGCAAUCAAUCGUUGGACAGGGUUUGGGGGGGGGGGGGGGGGUAAUGAGCGCGUGUAAUACAACACGAUGAGGCGUCAAGAGAUAUUUUACAUUCAUGCGCAAAUGUUAUUUGCAUUAACUCAAGUACUGUGUAGGUCUUCAGGUGUUCGAACAAAACUCAAUGACCAACUUUAGUCGGCUUUUUAUUGCAUUUGCUUGUUUGCUUGUUUGAUUUCAAUAAUAUCGUACAAUUAACAUCAAUCUUCGUUUGCAAUUCUUUUAUAUUUCAUGUUGACAAUAAAAUAAGUUAUAAUA